GUCAGCAUCAAGGUCGAACCAGAACAGACCACGCAAAUCCUCUCGCUCUCCCUCUCGGACGCACCAGGCCGUCGUUCCCCAUUUCCUCGCCGGAGAGGCCGCCGCGCCGCCGCAGCGCCAUGCUCCGGCUCCGCCACAGCGUCCUUGCCCAGCUCCUAUCGUCUCCCUCCGCCUCCACCAUCUCCCCUCUCCACCGGCUCUUCUCCGCCGCCGCGCCCGCCGUUUCCCCCAACCCUAGCUUCGCCGUCGAGGAGUACCUCGUCGCCACCUGCGGCCUCACCCGACCCCAGGCCCUCAAGGCCUCCGCCAAGCUCUCCCACCUCAAGUCCCCUUCCAAGCCCGACGCCGUCCGCGCCUUCCUCGCCGGCCUCGGCCUCUCCGGCGCCGAUGUCGCUGCCGUGGUCGCCAAGGACCCGCGGCUCCUCUGCGCCAAAGUGGAGAAAACCCUGGCCCCCAUCGUCGCUGGGCUCAUCGGCCUCGGCCUCUCGCGUUCUGAGAUCGCGCGCCUCGUCUCACUCCCCACUGUCAAAUUCCGAUGUAGAUCCAUCGUCUCCAAGAUAGAGUACUACCUGCCUCUCUUUGGGUCCUCCGAGAAUCUCCUCCGGGCCCUCAAGAAGAACUUCUACCUUCUCUCGGCUGACCUCGACGAUGUGGUUAAGCCCAACACCGCGUUGCUGCGGGAGUGCAGGCUAGGUGCUUGUGAUAUUGCCAAGCUAUGCAUCAGUCAACCAUGGCUUCUCACCGCUAACGUGAAGCGUGUCCAAGCCAUGGUGGAAUGCGCUGAAAACAUUGGUGUGCCCCGUGCCUCUGGGAUGUUCAGGCAUGCGCUGCAUGCUGUUGCAUUUAUCAGCGAGGAGAAGAUUGCAACCAAGGUGAAGUACUUCAAGAACACCUUCAGAUGGACGGAUGCUGAGGUAGGCAUGGCUGUUUCUAAGUAUCCAACGGUGCUGAAUAAGUCCAAGGAAUCGCUGCAACGCAAGUUUGAGUUCCUCAUCUCCGAGGUGGGCUUGGAAUCGGCGUACAUUGCUCAUCGACCCGUAAUGUUUGGCCUCAGCCUAGAGGGCCGGCUCAGGCCCCGGUACUAUGCUGUAAAGUUUCUCAACGAGAAUGGAUUGCUCAAGUGCAGCCCAAGCUACAGCACUGUUUUCACGGAGACCGAAAAGGCAUUCAAGGAGAAGUUCAUAUGUCCUCAUAAGGAAGCUGCACCACACCUUGAAGAAGACUAUGAUGCGGCUUGUAAAGGGGAACUGCCGGCUAAUUUCAGAUUCACAUGAGCCAAGAAUGGGCAUAUGAUGUAAUUGUGUGCUGGUUAUCCGCUAUUGUAUGACUGUUAGAUGCUGGGUUGGUCGUUGCUAACGUGUGAUGGAAUUGAUAAUUUGUUCCGUGAAUACUGGUUGGUUAUGAACUUUUAUGUUUUUAGACACA